AUGGCGGACCCAAUGGAUCUCUUAUCUCGGCCAGAUUCCCAAUUCGAUCACGAGGAGAACAUCAAGUCGCAGAAUCAGGAGAAACAGCCCAAGCAAGGACAGCUGGAGAAUGGAAAGCAAGAGCAUGCAGCCUCAGUGCCAACGCCAAAACCGCACAAUCCUUUACCGAAUACCUUCACAAUAAGUGGAGAAGACGAGGACAACAAUAUGAAUCCGAUCAUGUCGUCUGUUCUCGUCGUCCUCUACUCCAUCCUCACCUUCCUCGACACGUACAUCCUCCCUCCCCAUCUCCGCGCAGCGAUCUUUGAGACCGCGCUCGCGCAUCCGCUGCUCACGACCUUCUUGCUCUGCCAGUUUGUCUGCUCGUGCAUUCCGGUCACAAUCUUUCUGAUUGGGGCUAUGGUUGCGGGCGGUAUAGCGGUGGUGGUGUUUAGCUGUUUUGCGCUAUUGGUGCUGGGGCCUGUCCUGGUUGCGACGACCGUCGCAGGUCUGUUUCUGUGGGGUUGGGGGUGGGCGACGUUUGUGGUUGGGAGGUGGUUGCUGAGGCGGUAUUUGAGCGAUGACGGGGAUGGAGAGAAGGAUCGUAAGCGGGCUGGGGUGAAUGGUUUCAAUGGGUGCGAUGCAGAGAAAGUUAAGGAGGAACCGGCUUGA